CAUUCUCUUAACUCACACAUUUUCCCACCGCCAAUCAUUCGUUGCAUACAUCUUCGUUCGGUUCACAUCAAUCCUGGGUCCACAAUGUCCACCUCAGGCCCGCUUACGGGCUUCCCCGCCGAAGGAUUGCCCACCCCUCAACGGUUCAUUACUACGCAUGAUGCGGAAGGAAGAUCUGUAUUCCUACCCACGGAUAGUGGGGACCAUCAAGCCAUCAUGGUUGCCGGGGCUGCUUCCCAAAGCAUCAUGUAUAGCACUGAUAAGGUACCAAUCAACCUGAAUGAGGAACAUGAUGUGAAAUGGGCAAGUGAAAACCAGCCCGGACUUCAUGUCUAUAAUGGAGUCUGCGUACGAACCAUUGACUUUGCGCCUGGAGCGGAGUCUAUCAUGCACCGCGCCAUAACAUUGGGAGUGGGAACAGUGUGUGAGGGCGAAUUUGAGUUCAGUCUAGAUAGUGGAGAAAAAAGGAUCAUGCGCCCCGGAGACGUGUCCGUCAACCGGGGUACAAUGCACAAGUGGAAGAACCUCUCUGAAACUAAGUCGGCGAGGAUGAUCUACUUCCUUGUCGAUGUGGAGCCGUUGUAUGUCAAUGGCAAGAAACUAGAAAUGGAAAUGGGUACACUGGGGAACGACUACGUUAGCGUAUGAGAUGUACAUGAGCAUGCAGUAUCUACACAUAAUGUUUAGCCGGAUUGGUGACAUGUCAGUUAAGUGGAGUGAUUGAAGGGCGCUAUUGAGAUAUCAUGGCCAAUUUUGUGUAGUUUCUAGAGCUUCCUAUCGGUUGUUGGUAGUUAAUUGGAAAGAAAACUGUAUUCAUUCUGCUCAUUAUCAUGCCAAGGGCAAU